GACGCCCCCAAAUUCCGUGCAGAGUGUUUGCAGACCCUCCGGGACGGAGAGGUGGAGGAGGAAUCGGCAGCGCCGCCGUCCACAUACGCUACAAUCCCCACGCCAUUAGUCCCUGACUUCACCCCGUCUCUGACAGGAGAGUUCUCCAGGAUAAUAAAAGCUCUCCAGGACUCCUCGGCUGCUGCAGAGAAUGGGAAUAGGGACACAGACCAAGGCUUGCCAUUUUGGCUGAAGUAACAGCAGGACAGUUGUCAACCCCGCAUCGGCUUCAACCCCCCUCUCCCUCACCUCUGAAAACGCACACGAACGCACCAGGGACAGACACACCUCAACCCUAGCCACGGCUAUGUCCACCGCAGUAGACAUCGCUGGCCCUUCCUCCCCAGACCAGGCCCACAGCAGCGCCAAAAUCCCCAACGAGCCACUGAGACCCAGCCUGAAGCGCUCCAGCCACCCCUACAGCCUCUCCCAUUACAUGUCCACCCCUUCCCCUGCCGUGGAUGUCAAAAGCCUGAUCCAGCCCUCCCCGGCGGAGCAGCGGGCCGCCCAGGCCGGCCAGACCAAGCCUCGCCGGGCCCCCUCCUGGCCCGACAUGUGGGAGUCGCCCAGCGGGCUGCACCUGGCCCACGCCGCAGAGCUGCUGAUGCGCGCCGGCCUGCUGGCUCUCACCCCCGCCACCACGGAGCAGGCCAGCCUGGGUGUGACGCCCAGCAGCCAGCCCGCCAAGAAGGAGGUGGCCGAGGCCAAGGGAGGAAGGGGAGACGGAAGGGGAGACGGAAGGGGAGACGGAAGGGGAGACGGAAGGGGAGACGGAAGGGGAGACGGAGAGGGAGGCGGGUCGGGGCCCGAGGAGGAGGAAGAGGACUCUUCUGGAUGUAGCACUGACUUCCAACCCUUCCUCGGUGCUUGGUUUCCCUUCAGCCCCGCUCUGUUCCCCAUGGCGGGCUUUCAGAUGGGGGGAGGUCACUGGAGGAGCGCGGCCAUGGGAGCCGAGAGCAUGGAGGGGAUGGUGGCCGAGGGCUACUCCCCCGGGUCCCUGGGGGGAGGCAGCGGAGGCCGGAGGAAGAGGAAAAGGUGCGGGGAGUGUGUACCUUGUCGACGUCAGACGAACUGCGAGCAGUGCAGCAGCUGCCGCAAUCGCAAGAGAGGACACCAGAUCUGUAAAUACAGGAAGUGUGAGGAGCUGAAGAGGAAGCCCGGAGGGCCCGGGUUCGAAAGCAGAGUGUCUGGGUUCGAUCUAAGGGGCUCCGACUUUACUCUGGGCCUGGCACAGGAGAGGAGCAACGGAGCCUUGGACGGAUAGUAACUCCUCCGUUUGGCAGUCUUUGUCAGAGGAUGCUGGUUGGAUGAUUGUUUGGGAGCUGUAGUUUCAUAAACACACACACACACACACACACACAGCACACCGUGUCGACAUGCUUAGACUGUGGUACAAAGAUCUCUAGAUCUGGUGAUUUGUGAGGGGCUGCAGCUCCACUUAAGAAUGUCCACACUUGUUCCCAUCCUUUCUUUUGACAAUCAGUGAAUUGGAGAGGAGAAACGGAUACCAAUGUGUGUCAAUAUUUAGAUGACAACAAAAAUGCUGUACAUAGUCUGUAAAUACCUGGAAAACAUUAUGUCUUUUUUUACAUUGCUUUCCAGUUUGGAUGUAAAGUGCUUCAACAUACAAGAAAGGAGCCAGACGUUUUGUUUCUAAUGGGGAGUUUUGCUUCUGUUGUCCUGACAUUAACGCAUCAGUAAGAAAUGAAUGAGUUCAGCCUUGGCUAAAUUAUUUCAUGUGCAACUUGUACUGUAUAGCUCUGUUUGCCCUUUUGAAAUAAAAGAAAUUUGCCAUGUG